AUGGCCUCGACACUCAAAACCGGUCCCGCCACGGAUUCCGUUGGUUUUCCACCUUUUGAUGAACUUCCAGCUGUGGCAUCUCAGCCCCAGGGAUCCUUAUGGAGUUUCUUCGACAAGAAUGGAAAGAAAGAUGAGCUUGGAACGCUCAAUCUUCUAACAAAAUCGGUCGUGCUUGAGGCGUCUCAGGAGAUCAAGUUCGGGUAUCAUGUGCAGUUGGACUGGCCGCUGGACAACCUAGAAUUCCCAGGCCUUGGCCGCAGAGCUACCCGCCAUGUUAUCAAAGACAUGACUUCAGAAGGAUUUAAAGGGCUAGAUGACGAGAUCUGCAUGAACACACAGAUAAGUUCACAGUGGGACAGCCUGAAACAUUGGAGUAUCCAAAAUCAAGGCCAAUUUUACAAUGGGCUUGACAUGAAGGCAGCAUUGGACAGUCCGACAAAUGGAAUUCACAAUAUCUGCGAACGGGGAGGAAUUGUAGGCCGAGGCAUUCUGGUUGACUGGCUGAGGUGGUGGGAAAUUCACAACACUGGCCGAGAGGCUCCUUCGCCCAUCCAGAGCCAUGCAAUUCCUGUUUCAGAUAUUAUCGAAGUCCUCAAGUGGCAAGGCACUGUGACUAAACAGGGCGAUAUCUUUUUGAUUCGUACAGGUUAUGUGAGAUGGCAUGAACAAGCCGACACCACAACCCGCCGUGAUGGCACUCGCAAACAAAAUCGCGCAAUCGGCGUUGCAAACACGAUGGAGACCGUGCGAUGGUUGUACGAUAGACAUUUUGCGGCAGUGGCAAGUGACACCUUGAGCAUUGAGGUAUGGCCGUACCCCAAAGAGUGUUGCCUACAUGAGUGGCUUCUUUGCCAAUGGGGAACACCGAUUGGGGAGCUCUGGGAUUUGGAAAAGCUUAGCCGCACAUGUGCGGAAUUGAAAAAAUGGACCUUCUUCCUAACCAGUGCUCCUCUACAUAUUAAGGGAGGCAUUGGUUCCCCUCCAGGUGCCAUCGCUGUCUUCUGA